CCUUCGGAGAAAAGGUCAGUUGGGAUUCUGUCUUUGGGUUUAUGAGAGCUGGAGAAAAAGAAUGGCGCUAGAAGCUGUAGUUUUCCCACAAAACACCUUUGGUUAUUAUACUUGCAAGGAGAGGUAUGCCAUGGGAGGGGGAGCAUGGGGCUACGACUUUGAGGGGGUUGGGGAGGAGCAGAAGAAGGUGGAGGCGUUAGAAUGUGAGUUGGGUGGUAAGGUUGGUGGGAAUUGGGAUCCCACUUCCUCCUCCUUGGUGCAAAACCUCAAGGAGUGGGAUGCAAAUUCCUCGUUGCUGGAGGCUUGCGAGGGGACAGCAUUGGAGGGGGAGGCCAAGGAGGCGGCAGCGGCAGCGGCAGCGGCAGGGCGGAGGAAGAGACGGCGUGCAAAGAGCGUCAAGAACAAGGAGGAGGUGGAGAGCCAGAGGAUGAUCCACAUUGCGGUGGAGCGCAACCGCCGGAAGCAAAUGAACGAGUACCUCGCCGUGCUACGGUCCCUUAUGCCACCUUCCUAUGUUCAAAGGGGUGAUCAAGCAUCAAUCAUAGGGGGUGCAAUAAACUAUGUGAAGGAGCUCGAGCAGCUCCUGCAAUCCCUUGAAGUACAGAAAAGGCUCAAGCAACGAUCCGAUGCAACCGAUCUCACUCCCCCGUUCGCUGACUUCUUUGCCUUCCCCCAAUACUCAUCAUGCUCUUCCGGCAGCAGCAGCGGCACCCACACCAGCAGCAGAAGCAGCAGCAAUGCUAAUGAAGUGGCAGCUAAGAACCGGUCAGCCAUGGCAGACAUCGAGGUGACAAUGGUGGAGACCCAUGCCAAUCUUAAGGUGCUCUCGAGGCGGCGGCCAAAUCAGCUGCUCAAGAUGGUGGUGGGUUUGCAGAGUACGGGGCUCACCACGCUGCAUCUCAACGUGACAACCGUCGAUCGGCUGGUCCUCUACUCCUUCAGUCUCAAGGUGGAAGAUGAUUGCCAAUUCACUUCAGUGGAUGAGAUUGCAACUGCAGCAUAUCAAAUGCUAGGGAGGAUCCAAGAGGAGGCUAAUUUCAACUGAGAAGAACUCGCCUUUGAGUGUAACCACAUCCUUUUGGGAUCUAAUCAUCUGAUUUGUCGAAAUGGUUUGGGUCCAAAUGUGUCACCAUUUUCCAUGUCUUUGCCAAAGGAAUCUUGGGACACAUGAAAUUGGAUGAGGGAGCGACAUAGAUGGCUUAAAUAGACUCUGUCGAACUUUCAAAUCUGUGAUAGUGAUCUGAGAGUUGAGAAACGCAUGAUGUAGGAAAUAAGAUGUCCCACUAACUUGGCUAUAAGCAACCUUCUUUUCCGCAGCAGAACAAUAAGCAACCUUUUGGAACACUGCU